AUGGCUUCUGAAGACGGCCCUCCACGUGCCCCUUCACGCCCCUCGUCGUUGCCCUCAACUUCUUUGAUAAGACAGCUGUCAGACGUGCUUCGAACGGCCUCCUCCGUGGAUUCGCCACCACUCAAUUCGGCGCCGGCAACGAUGCUGCGACGAACGACGCCCAACCAAUUCACCGCCAUCAACAUGGACGGCCACGACCCCAACGACGGUCCGAUGGCCAAUGCCAUCGCCCACGAUCUCGACGAAAACGGGGAGCUCGCCGCCACCAGCGAUGAGGCGGCCGCCGGCGAGGAGAACGGGCAACCGGAUACGCUAGAAGAUGACGUCCGAAACCUGCGAACACAAUAUCAACGGUUACGCGACCAUCUGCAAAACAAUAGGGAUGCGCAAUCGUUAAUCCGGCUGUGGCUUGAAGUGUUGCCCUUCCUCCUCAUCUUCCUCUGCAAAUUCAUCGAGGAACACGCGCCCGCGCUCUACUACUUGCUAUUAUCUAUGGGCACGUUCUUGAUCGUGGACAGUCGACUGCAGUCCAUCCUCGCCAAGACGGUCCCCGGCCGGUCGUACCCGAUUCUGAUCGCCUGCAUCCUGGCGCACUUCUUCAUCCAGUCGCAGAAUCCGGACAUUACGGAGAUGUGGUACGGCCUCUCUUUCCAAUACACGCAGCUGCAAUACGUCGGCGCGAUGCACACGCUGCUCCUCAUCGUGCUCACCGACCUUCUCUGCAAGGUCGUCAUCGUGGCGAUCAAGGCAAUGUUGACGCUGAUCCCGGAUAUGUGGCUGUCGUUGAAGCGGAAGAGGCGGCUUUUCCAGACCAUCGAAUACACCUCCCAUCUCUACAGGGCGCUUUUGCCGAUUUCGAGGUGGACCCGAUACUUCAUCGGCAAUUCCCCCGACGGCAUCACGUAUUUCGACCUGGCCCUGCUGAUCUUCUACUGGUGUGCAAAGGUGAACGAGCUGUGGCGCUACAUCCCCGACUGCCUGUCCUCGCUGAAGAUGGCCGUCCGGAACACGUCGAGCGGGGUUCGCCCCUCCUACGAGGAGCUGAGCAACGUGCGCCAGUGCUCGAUUUGUCUCUCGGAUAUGAAGAACCCGAUCAAGCUGAUCUGCUCGCACAUCUUCUGCGAGGAAUGCGUGGAGACGUGGCUGGAGGAGAAGCACACGUGCCCCAUGUGCCGGACGACCCUGGACAAAGAGGACAAGUCGUGGAAGACGGGCGCCACCUCCAAGCUCGUCCGCUUCUAC